AUGUCGCAUUCAUCAAGUUCAAAUGUUAAUAUACAAGAUAUAAUAACAGAAGAAUCACCUCCCGCUUACACUCAAUAUCCAAACUUGGGAGAACAAUCUAUGGCAUUUGGACCAAAUAGACCUUUUGAGAAUAAUACAACGCAAAGUGUUCCCCAACAGCAGCAAAUUAUUUAUCAAGCACCUAACCAACAUAUAAAUCAACCACCCUUACAAAAUUACAACGCUUAUUUUCAUAAUAAUAAUUCAGCUGGUGGGGGAAAUGUAAUAUAUAGUGUCGUAAGGCCCACUUUUACAACCACUAACACUAUAAUUCCUGUAAUUCCCAUUAAUUCUCAAGUAAAUACAUCGAUUCUUCGAUAUCCACCGGGUUAUGUUUGUUCAAAGUGUAACAAUACGGGAUAUAAAGGACCAGGAAAAAUGUGCAAGGAUUGUUGGAGAUCCUUUGGGUUUCAUCCAACUGGAACUACAACAUAUUCAUCACCAGGAAUUAAUAAUAGUAUUACACAAAUAACACGUCCACAACAAAGUAAUAUAGUAUAUGCAAGACCCGGUGAUCCUUCAAUUGGAGGAAGAUUGUGUCCAAUUUGUCAAGGAUCAGGAAAAGGAAAUUUAUAUAUUAAUCAGCAAUUAUGCCCUGGAUGUCAAGGCAUUGGGAGAGUUUUCACGUAA